AGUAGCCACCGCUCUUCCUCUUCCCGUAUGCGGCCUUAGUCAUCUCUAGAAAUGGUUCGCUACUCACUUGACCCAGAAAACCCUACAAAGUCAUGCAAGUCAAGAGGCUCGAAUCUCCGUGUUCAUUUCAAGAACACUCGGGAAACUGCCCAGGCCAUCAAGGGUAUGCAUAUCCGGAAAGCCACCAAGUAUCUAAAGGAUGUCACUCUACAGAAGCAGUGUGUGCCAUUCCGCCGUUACAACGGGGGUGUUGGAAGGUGUGCCCAGGCCAAACAGUGGGGUUGGACACAGGGUCGUUGGCCCAAAAAGAGUGCUGAGUUCUUACUGCAUAUGCUUAAAAAUGCAGAGAGUAAUGCUGAACUUAAGGGUCUAGAUGUAGAUUCUCUGGUCAUUGAGCACAUCCAGGUGAACAAAGCCCCUAAGAUGCGUCGCAGAACUUACAGAGCUCAUGGUCGGAUUAACCCAUACAUGAGUUCCCCUUGCCACAUCGAGAUGAUCCUUACUGAAAAAGAGCAGAUUGUCCCUAAACCAGAAGAGGAGGUUGCACAGAAGAAAAAAAUAUCUCAGAAGAAACUGAAGAAACAAAAACUUAUGGCCAGGGAGUAAGUUCAACUUAAAAUAAAAGGAAUAAAAA